AUGUCGGCCGUUCGUUCCCGUGACGUGACACCCGCCGCUGGCCAUUGGGACGUCGCGCACAUGCCGUCGCAACAGCACAAAGUGGCGAUCGUCACGGGCGCCAACUCGGGGAUCGGCUACGAAACAGCGCUCGCACUCGCCCGCAACGGCGCGUCGGUCGUCCUCGCGUGCCGCAACGCCGAGCGCGGGCGACAGGCCGAAACCGCUCUGCGCGCGGCUUUGGCUACUGCACCGGACGCCGGGCGUGUCGAGUUCUCCCCACUCGACCUGAGCGACUUGCGCAGCGUCAAAGCGUUCGCCGCCGCCUUCACGCGCCGCUACGCGCGACUCGACCUGCUCGUGAACAACGCCGGGAUCAUGGGCGGCGCGUUUCAGCGCUCUGCGGACGGCGUCGAGCGGCAGUUUGCCACGAACCACUUGGGGCACUUUGCGCUGACGGCGCACCUGCUGCCACUGCUCAAGCAGAGCGCUCCGUCGCGGGUCGUGACCGUCAGCAGUGUGCUGCACCGCUCGGCGGCUUCGUGGAACGAGGACGCGAUUGUGGUCACGACGGAAGACGCGUGCCAGGAGAUGGCCACCUACGGCGUCACAAAGCUCUGCAACGUGCUCUUCACGAAGGAGUUGGCCCGUCGACUGGCCGCCCAAGGCGUGACGGGCGUGACGGCCGUCGCGUGCCAUCCUGGAGUCACGGCCUCGAGCCUCGUGACGGUCGCUGCGAAGAGCAGCUCGAGCUGGUUCUGGUGGCUCGUGUUCCAGGUGACGGACUGGUGUCCGCGCCAGAGCUGCGCCAUGGGGGCGUUGCCCACGCUGUUGGCCGCGACGGCUCCGGGCGUCAAAGGCGGCGACUUCUAUGGCCCAAAGCACCUCAAGAUGUUUGGGGACCCCGUGCGAGAGGUCCCGAGUCGGCUCAGCGAGUCCACGUCCGGUGCAGCAAAGCUGUGGGCCCUGAGCGAACGACUCGCAAACGUGUCGUUUGAUGGACACAAGUAG